AUUCGACUCGCGGAAGCUAAAAAACGUGUCGUCGUACCCACACGGGUUUAUGACCCAGUUGUUACGUCACAUCACCUCUUUUGGAGGGGAAUAUCAUCGCACGUGCAAUUGCUUUUAUGGUCUCAUGUAUUCAACACCGACAGCUGAAAUUUUUCAACUCAACGGGUCGUAUGAGUGAUAAAUAUCAGUUGACUCGAUACGAACUACGUUCCGAGUAAUUCUUGGUAAAGUCACCUUGGCCAGACAGUACAACGCUGCAGUUUAGUUAGAUAAAAUCAAGCGGAGAGUGCAGUUGAAGCGAUUUUCUUGCGAGUCGAUGCGGUCGAGCGUAAUGUGAAUAUCGUACGUGUACGAGGAUAAAAAGGUUUUACGGUCGAAAACGGAAACCAGAAAUCCUGGAACGAGUGUACCGAAGAUAGCAAUUAUUAAUUGAUCUCCCGGUAAAAUACUCGCUCUCCAGGCUACGUUUUUGAUGGCGUAAAAGCUUGGCGGAAGAAUAAGAAGAAAAAAAUAAAGAUGAAGAAUGAAAAGAACUGAGAAAAAUUAUCCAUACAUAAGUGGAAAACGCACGAGGAUCCGUUCGAUAGAAUUCAUCGCUACUUCCUUUCGAAAGCAGGGGGUUCAAUGGCCCAAUUGGAAACGCUAUAAAAUACCGAAAUAUACGUAUACUUGAGUGCGGGGUAACGAAUUUAAAAAUAGGUGUGAUCGAGUUUUAUGGAUUUUAAUGUAGAUAUGAGUAUUUUUAGACACGUGAGUUUCCGCGCGCAUAUCAUUCGCUCUACUCGGUUCUGGGUUCCGGCUGGUCGAUGGCAGCUGGUACGAAAGGGAUUCUGUAAUCUGGAACCGGAGAUUCUGAGAAACUCGUACAGAUGUCGGCUUGGGUACCGAUCGUCCGGCAACGGAUAGGCGAAGAAAAAAAAAUCCUAUCAGAGAUAAACAAAUGCAGAAAAUACCGACGUAGGAGCACCACCGGCACCGAGUACUCGCGCCGCGUACAAGAGCCGAGAGAGAGUGGUGACGAAAAGGGAAUGUAAGUGAUACGCUCCGAGGAACCCGAACAACACGGGGAUCAAAUAAUGGAAGAAAAGAAAGAAAACCCGCACGGUAGGCGUACGAGCGAAGAAAAAAAACGAAAGAGAAAAAAAACGAAAAAUCGAGUAAGAAAUUUACCAGCACUUUUUUUUUCAAUCGCACCAACGGCGGCGUUACACGCCCUUUCCGCAUCUUCCGACCUCUCCGUUGCACCGUUGAAAAUUACACUUCCACUUUUGUCAGCCAUCGGCGAAACGCUUCUUCGCUUUGAUACCGGACCGAAAUUACCUGCGUCAAAAUUCACACCGGGACUUUCCGUACGUCCACGUGUUUCUUUCUUUCUUUCUUUUUUUCUUCUUCUUUUUUUUUACGUUAUAUAGAUUUUACUUUCGACUCACAGCCGCGCUCGAGAUGAUCCGAACUCCUAGAUACCUUCGGCUGGCUGGUAUGUUCCAUCCGUACGUGAACGAAUACCCGGAGAACGCGCGGAGAUCGAGCCUAUAGCUCGGUAAAAGUUUCGUUUUGGAGAGACGAUUAAAAUAUCGUUAUACGCGGUAUAAUUAACGUUGAUAGAUGAGCCGGGGUCACGCACUCGUACCGGGUCAUUCAUUCGUCUGACGUAACGUGACCGAUUGUUUGCCUUUGAAUAAAUACUCGUUUUUUAUUUUUGGUUUUUGGUUUUUUUUUUUUUUUUUCUUCAUUCAUUUUUGAAACAUUUUUCAUUUUUCUUUUUCUUAUUUCUCGUAGAUUCUCCUCUCUUUCUUAUUCUUCUUCGUUUUUUUCCAUCACCUCGUACACUACCUCUCAAUUUCACACGCCUAGAGGAUCCCGAACGACGGAAGAACCUCGAGGGCCGCUUCCGAUCGGGACUGAAAUUAAAUUACGUUGAGGAGAUAGAAGAAAAAAAAAAAAAAAAAAAAAAGUCAGGGAGGGAAACAACGCGACACAAUUGUCGGGAACAACCCCGCGGUGGCCGAGUGUCGAUCCCGCGUAGCGAGAAUAAUAAUGGUAAGGGUUUACAGAAGGAGGGAACGAAGCGUAAGGACUUGGUACAAGAGAAAGAAUGCGGGGGAUUCGCGGCAAUAAAACAUGCGGGGGGACGCGUUGCGAUCUUUUCUUUGUACGCGUCCCGCGACCGCCCCGUUCCCGUUUCGCGCGGAUGUGCAGAUUUUUCUCGGUCCACCGCGAAACUCGCGAGACACGGCCGCAGAGGGAGAGAAAAGAGGGAGAGGGAAGGAGGUGUUUCGCGAACAAAAGAGACUUUUUACGCACACGCGAAAAACCCGUUUUUUGGACCUUUGUCUUCCUCUCUCUCUCUCUCUGAAUUAUUUUUUUAUUUGUUUCGCUCAUUUCUUUAUUUCUCUCUUCGGGAUUUUUUUGUUGUUUUUUUUUUUUCUGUCCCUCCCUUUUUUUUCGCUCGUACACGCGACGAAUUUACACCGGGAGCCUGGUGGAUGACCGUUGCGGAUGCCGCGCGACCGUAUUCCGCGGAUAUUUGCCGUGAGCCGAAGUUAGCGAAGUUAUAGAGCGCAACUGUUCGCCGCGUAUACGUAUAUGUACGUAUGUACACACGACUACGCGACACACGGCCCCAAGACACCGAGGUUUCCACUGCUAACGUCGAGCUGAAACUCUCAGCUGUACAAAAAGGGUAAGAGGAAAAGAGUUAUCUGCAUCAAGAUAACCGUGUGGCUCGGGCGGCUACCAUACGCUCGCUCCUCCGCUCCGCUCUACGAAGACGACGAACGCAAGAGAAGUCAGGAGCAGCUCUCUCUCCGAAGGGGACGAAGACGAUGGGGAGGGUGAGCAGGAGGUGAGGCAAGGUAGAAAAUCACGUUGAAUCGUUGUCGGUAAGAGACGUGUGCAGAGGAGCCAUGGAAACACCAUGAAAUAUACAUGUGCGUGCGAUCGCCCCACGUUUAGCUCCAGAUAGUUUUCGAGUGAACCUGUUUCCCUUUUCACCCCCUUUGUUUUUUUUUUUUUUUUCUUUCCUUCUCUCGUCUCCCAUGGUUUUGUAUUAUUGUUCAACUUUUUCUCCCCGUUUUUUUUUUCUCACGACGCGAUAACUUGCGCCACCUUUGAAAUUAUCUCUCUUCGACUAUCCGGCUUCCGCGAGGAUAUCCAUCUCCUGAAUUCGUGGGCAUCCAGGACCAACGCGGCCGAGGAUCGAAAAAAGAAGAGAAAGAAAAUUGAAGACCCUAACGAGAACACGCUCGGUCACAAGGUAUUUCCUUCCUCAAGGGUCAAUUUCGCAAAUCGGAUGGAAAAAAUCAUCCCGUGAAACAAUAUGCUCACCUAUAUAUAUAUAUACAUAUACACACCUGUAAACCUCAACUUGGCGCGGUUAAUCCACUUACAAAACGGAGCAACCGGACAGAGAGAAACCGUCGAGGGAAGACAUCGGGAGGAGGUGUACACGGUCACAGUGGCCGGUAGCAGUUCCAGUCCGAGUGCCGUAAAUCCCGUAUCGAGUGACAUGGAUUGGUGGUCCGGAGUCGCCGAAGAGGAACUCCUCUAUUACACGGGGUCACCGAACGACAUGGAUUCUCUGUGGGCAGCGAUCGGUACUUUCGUCCCUCCGCCGCCGCGACCUCCCUAUCUACCCGAAGAAGGUAUCGCCACCGAUGGACUCACGACCUGCGACCUGUGCUCCUGGGCAUGGAGACACGACAGACACGCCUUCUCAUUGGACGGGACGUUGGCACCCGGUGAACUCGGAUGGGUUUUGACGUUGGUGAUCGUGUCCUUGAUAUCGGCCGGUAUCGGUGCAGUCGUGAUGGUUACCGUUCUGCACUGUCGAAGAAUGAAGAGCGCGUCGGGCGGAGGUAGCUGCUGCGGUACCAACGUCGAGGAUCCUUCCGUCCAGGAUUCCGGGCCCACGGGGGUCACCGGAGGAGUCGGGGGCGGCGAAAGAGGCUCCGGAGGAAGCGGCGUAGCGGUGAUCCCGGAAAGACCGCCGUUGGAACUCGACAAACUGCCGCCCUAUCACGACGUCACUCCGAGUCCGGGUCACAACGUGUGGUCGUGGUUGGGAUCUCGUCGGGGCGGCGGUACACCGGGCGGUGUCGCCACUCCCCUGUCCCUGCCGCAGCACAGAAGAGCGAUGAAUUUACCCGUGGAAAAUCACUACACCCACAUGCAAACCGACGAGGCUCUUUACGCGGAAUUGGACUCGCAGGCCGCGAGUUACGCCAGCGAUCUUCAGUUACAAAUGCGCGGCAGUUCGACCUACGGUACAACCUCGGCGGGACACGACGACGAUUAUCACGAACUGGACGCCGCCAGAUUGCAUCGACACUACGGAGCCGGUGGAGACGGAAGCGACAGAUCGCCGAGGAGAGACGGACACAGAACCAGACACAGUCAGAGGUUACGAGAGCCCGAUUACGAGAUGUACGAAAACGGACCGGCGACCCCCAGAUCGCCGAGUCAGCUUCAGCACCCGAAUCCCAGGGCACCGGAUCAUCCCUCGUAUCAGAAUACAGCGUACACCGGUAGCGACGCCGAACCGGACGGACCGACGCUAAGCAGCGCGCCGAGCAGCGCUUAUUACAGCGAUCUUAGUUCUAAUUCAGCGAAUCAACAAAUUUCCGCAUCUUCCGCUGGCGUCAACGCGACGACGAAUCUCCACCUGGGACAGCAGCCCCUAGAAGCCCCGACGUACAGGCUCGCCGCUAUAAACGAGACGACGGUACCUUCGGAUUAUAUUUAAGAAAAGUAAAUAAUCGACGACUGACGAGUAGAAUCUGGAUUCAUACGGGGAUGACGGAAAACAAAAAUGAACGAUUUAUAACUGUACUCGUUCGAUCUGACGAAUGAUCGGUGGGAGAUUGGAAAUCGAUGCAGAUUGAAAUAAGUUUCUGGGAUUUUCGGUAGUGAAUCAAACGAAACUUAGCAUCGUUUGACCGCCGAGGUUUUUUUCGACGAGGUGAUACACGAUGUCCGUAUAACUUAAUUCCGGCACAACCCAAUCUGCAUGGAAACGAGAAAACAAAAAAAAGUAUGAAAAUGUAAUCCGAUCCACGCAUCUUAAAAAGCCGAUACUCUUCGAAAAGGUAUAGGAAACGCAUCGCUAUUUCUAUCGCUAUCGUCUGUCCGUCUCAUUCCCGAACCCACCCGUGACCACCACCGUAGCCGGCUUCGCAUACUGCGGACGCAAUUUAUACGCACGAUGAAGACGCACGGUUCUUGGAUGUCUAGAUCGAGUCGGUCGUUUCAUUAUACGUACGCAUACCUCGUACCGCAGACAACAGGUGUUUCGCAUUUAGCGUUCCGGUUUACUGCGGCCGAAUUAAGCGACGGUUAAACGAAUUUCUGAAGAUACACGAAAAAUAAAACAAAAAAAAAAAAAAUAGGAAACGAAAAUGUUGGCGGAUGUAUAAUUUUCAUUUCUAACCGUUCGGCGCGAACCGAGAGCUCGCGAAUUAAUUCAGGAAUGAAAUAAUAAAAAAAAAUAAUACAACGUCCUCCUAAUUAACGCUCCGGUACAUCGUUGCGUUGUAUCUAUUAUCUGGAAGGAGUUCCGGAGUUUUUGCGGCGAUGACCGAAAUUAAUUUAUUUUGGAGAGAAGGAGAAUGAAGAAGAAGAAGAAGAAAAAUGAAAAAAAAACAAGAAGAAAUCGCGGAAACUGGUAUGGGUAUUGAAAAGUUCAAUUUUGUUGCAUCGACGGGGUAAAAGAGGAGGAGGCGGCGGCUCGCCGGUGAGAAAAGACGACGAGGAGUACACGGUCAAGCGUGAGAGGUUGAGAGACGCACAAUGCGUACACAUAUUUUAGUUUCUCUCUUUUAUCUACCGACCUAUAGAAACUAUGAGGUAUUUAUGCCGCCGCCGCCGCUGUAUACGCAAUAAUUAAUUACUCGCGUGCAGCUUACUCGGUAUAACGCUGCAACUCAAGUCGCAUCUUUUCUCCCCGAUCCCGUCUCGCGCUUUUUCCUUUUUUUUUUUUUCUUUCUUUCUUUCUCUUAUAUCCUGCCCGCGGAACGUCCUCCGACUUUUUUACUUUACUUUACUUCACUUUGUUUAAACUCUACUUUACUUCGGGAGUAAGCGAAAGGCGAAUGCCACGAAACAAAAUGCACAAUGAACAAACGACGUUCCGCAAUGUACCGGAGUUACAAGCUUUGCCCGCGUCUCCCGAAAAAGAAGACG